UUUUCCCCCUCCAAGAAUCAUAAUCAACUGUCGAUAGUAUCUUCUUCUCUGUCAGGAUGGCGGACCCCAACACUAAACAGAUGUCACAGAAAAGUGCCAACAUUGCUGCUGGAGCAGUUGUGUGUGUAGAGAGUGAAAUUAGAGGAGAUGUGACCAUUGGUCCAAGAACAGUGGUCCACCCCAAAGCACGUAUUAUAGCUGAGGCAGGCCCUAUUAUCAUUGGAGAAGGCAACCUGAUUGAGGAACAGGCUCUCAUCAUUAACAGUUAUGCAGAAAAUAUUAUGCCUGACACUGAAGGAGUUGAACCCAAGACCAUGACGAUUGGAAUCAACAAUGUGUUUGAAGUCGGUUGUGUCUCUCAAGCAUUGAAAAUUGGUGACAACAAUGUCAUCGAGUCAAAAGCGGACCUAGGGAAGAACGUCAUUCUCACCAGUGGCUGUAUCGUCGGCGCUUGUUGCCAGGUGAAUACGUGUGAGGUUAUUCCCGAGAACACAGUCAUCUACGGGGCUAACUGCAUGAGGCGUGUGCAGACAGAAAGGCCUCAGCCUCAGACGCUCCAGCUAGAUUUCCUCAUGAAGAUCCUGCCCAACUACCAUCACAUGAAGAAGACUGUCAAAGGAACCUCCACCCCUGUCAGAAACUAACCUCUGACUAACCAAAGAUCAGCAUUCCCUGACGCUCACCAGACCUUAACAAUGGAAGGUGUAGAGACUCAAUUUGUCCUCGACCUGUUGUCCUCGACCUGAUGUCCUAGACCUGAUGUCCUAGACCUGAUGUCCUAGACCUGAUGUCCUCGACCUGUUGUCCUCGACCUGUUGUCCUAGACCUGUUGUCCUAGACCUGAUGUCCUAGACCUGAUGUCCUAGACCUGAUGUCCUAGACCUGUUGUCCUAGACCUGUUGUCCUAGACCUGUUGUCCUAGACCUGUUGUCCUAGACCUGUUGUCCUAGACCUGUUGUCCUAGACCUGUUGUCCUAGACCUGAUGUCCUAGACCUGAUGUCCUAGACCUGUUGUCCUCGACCUGAUGUCCUAGACCUGUUGUCCUACAGCUGUUGUCCUUCAGCUGUUGUCUUCGACCUGUUGUCCUACAGCUAUUGUCCUAGACCUGAUGUCCUCGACCUGAUGUCCUAGACCUGAUGUCCUAGACCUGAUGUCCUAGACCUGUUGUCCUCGACCUGAUGUCCUAGACCUGAUGUCCUAGACCUGUUGUCCUACAGCUGUUGUCCUACAGCUGUUGUCCUUCAGCUGUUGUCUUCGACCUGUUGUCCUCGACCUGUUGUCCUAGACCUGAUGUCCUCGACCUGAUGUCCUAGACCUGUUGUCCUACAGCUAUUGUCCUUGACCUGAUGUCCUAGACCUGUUGUCCUACAGCUGUUGUCCUACAGCUGUUGUCCUUCAGCUGUUGUCCUCGACCUGUUGUCCUAGACCUGUUGUCCUCAAACAGAUGUCCUAGACCUGUUGUCCUCGACCUGUUGUCCUACAGUUAUUGUCCUAGACCUGUUGUCCUAGACCUGUUGUCCUAGACCUGUUGUCCUCGACCUGAUGUCCUACAGUUAUUGUCCUCGACCUGUUGUCCUAGACCUGUUGUCCUCAAACAGAUGUCCUAGACCUGUUGUCCUCGACCUGUUGUCCUACAGUUAUUGUCCUAGACCUGUUGUCCUAGACCUGUUGUCCUAGACCUGUUGUCCUAGACCUGUUGUCCUCGACCUGUUGUCAUAGACCUGUUGUCCUCGACCUGUUGUCCUAGACCUGUUGUCCUAGACCUGAUGUCCUAGACCUGUUGUCCUAGACCUGAUGUCCUAGACCUGUUGUCCUAGACCUGUUGUCCUCGACCUGAUGUCCUAGACCUGUUGUCCUCGACCUGUUGUCCUACAGCUAUUGUCCUUGACCUGAUGUCCUAGACCUGUUGUCCUACAGCUGUUGUCCUACAGCUGUUGUCCUUCAGCUGUUGUCUUCGACCUGAUGUCCUCGACCUGAUGUCCUCGACCUGUUGUCCUAGACCUGAUGUCCUAGACCUGUUGUCCUCGACCUGAUGUCCUCGACCUGAUGUCCUCGACCUGAUGUCCUAGACCUGUUGUCCUCGACCUGUUGUCCUCGACCUGUUGUCCUCGACCUGAUGUCCUAGACCUGUUGUCCUAGACCUGUUGUCCUCGACCUGUUGUCCUCGACCUGUUGUCCUCGACCUGAUGUCCUCGACCUGUUGUCCUAGACCUGUUGUCCUCGACCUGUUGUCCUUGACCUGUUGUCCUUGACCUGAUGUCCUAGACCUGUUGUCCUUGACCUGAUGUCCUAGACCUGUUGUCCUACAGCUGUUGUCCUUCAGCUGUUGUCCUCGACCUGUUGUCCUCGACCUGUUGUCAUAGACCUGUUGUCCUCGACCUGAUGUCCUCGACCUGUUGUCCUUCAGCUGUUGACCACGUAAGAAGUAGUUUCUCUCCUCUGAGGCAUGAGUGCACAUUCCUAGCUUUUCUCAAUUCCCAAUCAUAAGAGAGAGAGCCCAUAUGCAGCACUCCAUUGGGUCAUUAGCUAAACCAAUAGUAAUACAGUUCCUGGUUUUGUUUCUUAUUUGUCUUAUCUUGCUCUUUUUAUUGUAUAAUUUUUUUUUGUCUGUUCAAAUGUCAUAUGUUGUUUUUCUGUCUUAAAUUUAGCAGAUUCAGUUUUUAUGUUAAUGUAUAUUUUUUCAGCUUUGGUUGUUGUGAAAUAAAAAGCUAUUUAAAAGAAACAAUA